CUGAGUGAAUGUAUGGUCAUUUGGUGAUAACAAUAAAGUAGCAGUAUGUAUUUAGGUCGUGUCAGUUCGUGCGGUCCAGUAGUGUGCAUAAUGCUGUCCUUCGUGCUGUCCCGGAGUUUCUGCCAAGGUGUUACGGAGGCGCACCGGAGGUGUUACUCGACCUUUGGGUCGAUAUGUCGGACUUUUUCAACAUCGAGUCCGAAAUGCGAAGAAGCAUCAGACAACGGUUCAGUGGUGACCUACUCAGAGCUGAAGACCAUGCUGGCAAGCCAUAACAUUCAGCUCUUUGAUGUGAGAAAUCCUGAUGAGUACCAGGCUGGACAAAUUCCCCAGGCCAUCAACGUCCCACUGGACAACCUGGAGGAGUCUCUGCAACUGUCCCCUGAGCUCUUUGAGCAAAGAUUUGAAGUGAAGGCUCCCACGAAAGCUGACGACAACAUUGUGUUUCACUGCAGAAGUGGCAUCAGGAGCACCAGAGCACUGAGCAUCGCUCAUCAGCUGGGAUUUAGCAAGUAAGUAGUAAUACAUGUGCUUGUUUCUAUGCAAAACAAACCUGGAGAUUAAGCACACUACUAGUGGAAAUUGACUGUGGGAAUGCGAUGUGCAUGUUUCCAGGGUAAAUUUAUGGAGAGGUGAUGUCUAAUACUGUAUGGCGUCACUGAGAGAUUUACAAAGUCUGAAAACAUUGGGGCAUGGCCAAAAACCUGUGUUGCUAGCUCUGUAGAUUAUGCUGUGGAGUGUUUUCUCUUUCUCCAGAACCAGUUCUAAGGGUAUAGGCUAAUGGUACAGAGCGAUGGUGGAGAAUUGUGGCCAUUUACAAGUUAAGUUGGCAAAUUGGACAGGGAUCAGCAACAAAAUGGGCAGUUAGGUCACAGACGAGCGUCCUGCAGAUCAGGUUAUGCCGAGUGAAGAUCAGAUACACUGUGAGGAGAUUAGACUGGGUGGCAGGUUUUAUACUGCAUGCAGUCUCACUGGCUCUGAUAGACGGGUUGAAAGAAAAUUAUUUACUUAGUUUUGUGAAUGUGCGAUUUCCAUACAGAUAUUUUUCUACUGACAAAUCUACAUGAAGUCUCAUUUGGCCUAUAAGGAAAAAAAUGUAUGUGCAUAUAAAAACAAAAAAACUCAGACAUUAAUCAUCAAUCAGUUGAGAUAAUUAGUUAUUUUUACAGCACUUCUGCUACAUUUAGAUGUCUCCCAAGAAGUCAAUCCAUGAGAUAUAAAUAGUGCAUUCCUGCUGCAGCUGGAGAAGUGUCCUCAGGUGAUACUUUGACUUGCUGAACUGUGGGCGACCUUUUAAUAUAAAGCAAACAACAGUGUUAAGAGAUUAAGCUCCUCUAUCUGUGCUUUUGUUUUUGUUUUUCCCCCCUCAGGGCAAGACAUUUUAAAAGAGGCUAUUCAGAGUGGGUCGAGCGAGAAGGAAAGUGAAUCGGGUGAAAUCUGCACUGAAGUUCUUCAAAGUACUGUUCCUUUUAUUCAAUGCACUGUGACUGGGAUAUAUUUCUUAUUUUGUUCAAGAGUACUGUCAAAAGAAGUUUUUAACAGUUUUGCUGUAACUUUACUAAAAAUAUUACAAGUGCCCUUUUUAUCCUGCUUCAAGAUAUGACAUGAAUUGGCAGCUGAUGAAUGUGAAGGUUCUUUAAAUAAAAGCUAUAAAAAAUUAAA